UCUACAAUCUUAGCUUUCAUGAGGCGGCUUCUAGUGUACAGUUAAAAGUAUUCACUGAUUAUAUAGAAUCAUGGACAAAAUGAUGGACAGUCCCAAGGCACCCUUUAAAACUAUGGACAGUCCCGAGGCACCCUUUAAAAUUAUGGACAGUCCCAAGGCACCCUUAAAAUUAUGGACAGCCUUGAGGCACCCUUUAAAAUUAUGGACAGUUCCGAGGCACCCUUUAAAAUUAUGGACAGUCCUGAGGCACCCUUUAAAAUUAUAGACAGUCCCGAGGCACCCUUUAAAAUUAUAGACAGUCCCGAGGCACCCUUUAAAAUUAUGGACAGUCCCGAGGCACCCUGUAAAAUUAUGGACAGUCCCGAGGCA